GCUCUCUCAGCAGGAGAAGAAAACUGACCCGGCAAGACACCGCGUCAACCCAUAAAUUAUGAACAAAUCAGUUACCCCAUCAUUACAUUUUUGCUGAUACUGCUUACCCAUAAACUGCCUUCCAAUUUCCCUCCUGUGACUAGGUCUACCACCAUGGAAGCUUUCCAAGAAGGUGCUUUUACACGCAAUUCUGCUUGCUUUCACUAGAAUUAUUCCUUCCCUUCUACUUCAGUAAGUUCAUUCUUCGAAAUUUUUGCAUAAGUUUUUCAGUAUUCUUGACAACUUCGCCAUUGAAUUUCCUGUAUUUUGAUGGGAUUUGUUUGUUGGUAAUACUUCAUCCAAAAGAACGAAUUUUUAUUGAGUUUCAAUUAGGUUAUGAUGUGGGAAUUGAUUCACUAUGUUAAGGAUGAAUCAUGACUGACUUUUUUCUAGAGUUUGAAGAUUUUGCGUUGGAAUUGUUCUGGUAUUUUUUGGAUGCUUUUGAAUUACUUGCCGAUGAAAUUAUUGCUUUCUGCUUAGUAUUUGCUUCGUUAAUUGAAGAUUUGGUUCAAUUCUACUUUAUUCGAAUCAAGAUUCUUGCUUAAUUGGACUGGAAUUGAGUACUGUAUAUGCUAAUUGAUGGGUUCCAUGGAAAAGGGUUUUGUGCAUUAUUGUUGUGUUGCGAAAGGGGGUAGGAUAUUACAGGCAUACAGUGGGGGAGACGAUGAAAUCGAGAAAUUGGCGGUGUUGUGUUUGGAAAAAGCUCCUCUAUGCCAUAGAUGGUAUUCUCAGACCAUGAGUAAGAGGACUUUUAUGUUUUUGAUGGAAGAUGGAUAUGUUUAUUUUGCCAUUGCCAAUGAGGGUAUUGGAAAUCCUGCCCUUCUCCGGUUCUUAGAGCAUGUUAGGAUCGAGUUUAAGAAGAUUGCCAAGAAGGGUUCUGGUGGUCGGAAGGGGGGUGCUUCCAAUGUUAACUUACAGGAACAAUUGGUUCCUGUGAUUCGUCAAUUGAUAACCUCCUUACAAAAUGUUUCACAAACCGGAGCAAAUGGUGGUAGUGCGAACACAUCUUCAUCUCCUUGUGCUUCGUAUUAUGGGGAGGUGGUGGAAGUUGCGACUUCUACUAAGGCGCCUUUGUUAGGUACUAGUAAGCCCUUGAAGCAAGACAAGAAGGUUAAGGAUCAUCACAUGAUUUCCAUGAGAGGUAUUGAGCUUGAAGAAAACCGCAGGUCUACAGACCGAGGGCACAGGGGUGAUUCAGACUCUAAUCCUGCAGGUGCAACAGUUUCUCCAUUGGCAUUGCACAAGGAUAUGAGCUCUUCCAUGAGGCUGAGGUCCCAAACCUCAAGAAGAAAAUGGUGUCGCCUAGUACGGUUAGUUCUUAUCGUUGAUGCUGCAGUAUGCAUUAUAUUGUUUCUAGUUUGGCUGCUGAUUUGUCAGGGUCUUCAGUGUGUUCGUCGUUGAGUAAUUUUUUUUUUUUUUUCAAAUGUUAUGGAUAUUGGAGGACAUAGUUCCAAUAACCAUCAUUUUACAGGAUUCUGGAGUAUGUAUAGCAGUUACUUUUUUAGCCUGUUGCGUAAACAUUCCUAUUCUGUAGCAUUCAGUGCUAGAAUAUGUGUACAGGUCUAUAGUUUCAGAACUCGAAUGUUACAUGAGCUGUAAGCUAUCAUAUUAUUUAUCAGGAUUACUUGAUACUUGAGCUCUCAGCAUUUUCUGCUUCUUAGUUGAAAUUGAAAUCCAACAGUUUUACUUA